AUGGCACAAAACAAUAAUAUCAACGUGACAGUUCCCUCAGGUGAAAUGCGUUAUAAGGGUGUGAGGAAGCUUCCCACAGGGAGCUACAUAGCUGAGAUCAAAGUUAUCAGCCAGAGAAGAUUUGUGUGGCUUGGAACGUUUGAUACAGCGGAGGAAGCUGCUAGGGCUUAUGAUGCAGCUGCCCGACGGCAUCUCGGCCCACGGACAGUCAUUAAUUUUCCUCCAAUAACUAAUCAUAAUGACGUCAAAAGAACCAGAAAUUAUCUUCAAAAGCUUAAUCGUAAGGCUGUCAUGAUCAAUUAUGCUAACAACACUGCUGCAUCGUUUUCUGGAUCAGGUGGAGCUUUGAUGCCAAAUCAGAGUUCUGAUCAGGAGUUUCGUCGUUUUACAACGAUUACUGGAGCUUCUGUUAUGAUGUCAAUAGUGCGAGAUAGAAGCUUAUUAGAGGCUUUAAUGAGAGAAGGAGUGAUACUUCCGGACCCAGAGAUCAUCGGGGUCCGCGAUGCUACCAAUACCGAGCCUCUCAAUCUUGAGCUUACUCUUGCACCGCCAGGGAGCAUGUGA